AUGAAUUACUUGGCACUCAUCGCUGCACUGGCGGCGAUAUCACUCGCUGCACCACAUCCUCAUCCACCACCUUCUCUCCGGAAGAGAAGCUUCCAAGUCGAAUCCCAUGGCCGCCGUCCUUCCCCACUCCAGGAAGUCGCACGCACGCACCGCAAGUUCGGAUGGGACCCCAUCGUCGCCGAUGACCAUGAGCCCGACCCGAUGAUUGUCCCCAACAAUCCCGACUCGGUCAUCAUCCCCGGCACUGUUGUGGUGGUGACGCUCUCGGCCACCGCUCUUUCCCUACCUACUGGAUAUGGUAGCCCCCCUGUGCAGGAUAACUCCUCCGUGAGCGGCACUUCAAGUGGAGCUAGCACCACCCCCACCCCCACCYCCAAUCCAGGAAGCGAAGAUGGGGAAGUCACCGCCACGCCCGAGGAAAAUGAGUCGGAAUACCUGUCGCCCGUCCUCGUCGGUGGUCAGGAGCUCAAUCUAAACUUCGACACGGGCUCCGCCGAUCUCUGGGUCUUUAGCACAUCUCUUUCCCGCGCAGACGUCAAGGGACAUGCUGCCUUUAGUCCCAACAAAAGCUCCACAUGGUCCGAGUACGAGGAUGGUACCUGGAGCAUCACUUAUGGUGAUCAAAGCUAUGCAAGUGGCACCGUCGGGUUCGACACCGUCGACGUGGGCGGCGCAACCGUGAAGAAUCAGUGCGUGGAAAUUGCCACCGACGUCUCUCCGCAGUUUGUGGAGGACGAGAAUAGUGAUGGCUUGCUGGGACUGGCAUUCUCAACCAUCUCGACUGUACAGCCUGAACCACAAAAGACUUUCUUCGAAAAUGUAAGGGACGACCUUACUCUUCCCGUGUUUACCUCAGCUCUCGAGGAAAGCGAUGGCAAAGCGACCUACGAAUUCGGCAAAAUUGACAGCGACAAGCACCGCGGCAAGAUCUACUACACUCCAGUCGACAAUUCCGCCGGCUGGUGGCAAUUCAACAGUCCCAGCUACGCCGUCGACGGAGUUUCCACUCCUUGUCCCGACUGCAGCCCCGUCAUCGCCGACACGGGUACUUCCCUCAUCUACAUGGACUCCGAAAUCGUAGCAGCCUAUUACGAAUCCAUCCGCAGCGCGCAAAAUUCUCGCUAUGGAUAUGCCUUUCUCUGCGAAGAAAAGCUUCCGAGUUUGAGUAUUGCUAUUGGAGAUGCAUAUGUAGCUACCAUCAACGGAAGUGAUAUGACUUAUGCUUCCCUGGAUGACGGCAGCGGGUAUUGUCUCGGGGGUUUACAGCCAGGACCAGGACGCUUUCAAAUUCUCGGCGGGGUUUUCCUUAAGCAGUUUUUUGCUGUUUUUGAUGGAGGGGAGGAGUUGCGUUUUGGGGUGGCGCUGAAGAAUUGA